AUGUCCAGCUAUAUUCUACUGGGAGUAUGCUCCCUUGUCGUUGCAUCUGCCAGUAUCCUACCGCCCCGAAGCGCCGACAUUGAGUUUUGCCUCGCAGAUCAGCCGUGCUUUCCGCCUCCAGAUGUUCUGGCUCAGUUCAAUGCCAGUAUUUCUGGGCGGCUUCAUUCCGAGCGACCAAUUGGCGCCGUGUGCUACAAAGAUGGUCCAAGCUUUAACCAGGCAGCCUGCAUUGAAGUUGCAAAAAAUACGAAUAGUUCCAAUUGGAGGGUUGAGCACUUUCCAACAUAUCAAUAUAUCAACUCGGAGGGUCGUAUUCCCAACUACUCCGUUCACGCAGAAACAACUCAGGAUGUGGUUGAAUACGUCCGUUUCGCUACCAGAUACAACUUGCGCAUCGUCAUCAAGAACACAGGCCACGAUUUACUUGGCAGGAGCUCCGGGAGGGGCGGGUUUGCACUAUGGACGCACAAGCUGAAUGGGAUUCAGUUCAACCACACAUUCACACCUGAAGGAUGCUCAGCGAAUGUGGAUGGUGGUGUGAUAACAGUGGGCGCUGGCGUUCAGUGGGGCGAGGCGUACAAGUUUGCCAACUCGGUGAAUCGUACUAUCGUAGGAGGGGGUGCAUCUUCAGUAGGAUCAGCCGGUGGCUUCCCUCUUGGUGGCGGUUACUCACUGCUCUCCCCGUCGCUAGGACUAGGCCUCAAUAACAUGGUCCAAAUGGAGCUUGUGACUGCCGAUGGUCAGCUGCGAACUAUCAGCGAGUGCUCCAGCCCCGAUCUUUUCUGGGCAGUUCGUGGCGGAGCCGAAGUCUAUGUCGUAUCUUUCAAUGCUUUAACCGCUAACAUGUCCGAAUCCGUGGUCCGGGAAAUAGUCCUUCGAUGGGUCAAGCUUGCUCCCACACUGGGCGAUCUGGGUGUAGGUGGAGCGACAAUAUUCUCAGGCAAAAGCCUGAGUAUCAUUGCGCUAGCCCAGCCGGCUUUUGCGACUCUCUCCACGCUAAAGGAGACAAUGAUGCCGUUUACCUCUUGGCUAGCCAAGCAAGGGGUGCUUAGUACCGACCUCGAAUCUACCGUAGACGGUACUCCAAUCUAUGCAAGCUACAUGGAUUGGUACGAUUUCUUCACUCGGUCACUAGCAAGUGGCUCCGACUCUCCCGCUGGCGGUGCUGGCGGUAGCUUACCGUCGCGCCUUGUACCUAGGCGAUACUACGAGUCAAACCCGGAAGGUCUCGCGGAGAUAUUGGUUGGGGCUAGUAAAAAAGAUUUUAUUAUCAUUGGUAUGACAGGACCUUUACGCUUUGCAAGAGAUCAUCCCGCCGCUGCCAAUGCUACAAGUGUUACUCCUGCUUGGUAUCAAUCACCUUGGCACAUUGCCUCUGGCGUGACUGCCCCACUGCUACGCGAGUUUGCGAAGGAUGGGGGAGCGUACUUCGGAGAGUCCGACAUCAGUGAGCCGAACGCAGCCGAGGCCUACUGGGGCAGCAACUAUCCCGCUCUGCUUCGCGCCAAAGCCAAGUGGGACCCGAACAACGUGUUCCAAGUGUGGCACGGUGUUGGCUCGCCUACGCUUGCGGCCAAAGCGCAUUCAACGUGUGCUUAA